CUGCACUCGUCUCCUUCUCCACUCCCUCCUUUGGACAUAAAGCUCCUUGUGUUUGCUGCUCCCCACUGGUUCCUCUGUUAUUGUGCCCUCAACUCUCUCUAUCCAUCUGUUUCCAUGACCAGGACUUCAGGAAUCAGGCUAAACUCACGGAAACCUCCCGAAAUCCGCGUCUCCACUUGACCAGGCCGGCUGAACGGUUGUUUUCUACGCCCUUCUGAGUAACUGCUCAGAGAGACUUUACUGUAGUGUGAGUCCCAGUCUCCUGCUUUUUCUGUAUUAAUCUCUUGAUGUGGAUGAAAACACACACGAGAAAUAAUGAGUGAAGAUGGCAAAAGUGCUUCAGGGAACCUGGUUCUGGGUGGCUCUGGGGCAGGACUUGUGCUGACUGGAAAUGCAGGCAACACAACUUCUGCUAAAGCUGGCCAGCAAGCAGAGGAAGAUUUUGUUGCAGCCACUAUAAAUCUAAAAAACCUUGAGAAAAAUGAGGUAAAGACUCUCCUGGAGGCCCUGAAGCCAUAUGAAAACAACAUGAAGCUCCUGACAACGAAGGAUUUGAGUGCCAGUGCUGGACUUGGUUCUUUGGGAUUGGGACUCAACUCUACAGGGAUGAUGCAGAAGGAUCUCUCUCUGGAUGCAUCAGCGAAAGCACCAUCUGUUUCCAUCAAUGGCUCAAGCGGAGAGCUAAAUGCUGAACAUGGGAUUAGUGGUAAAAUAAGUGGUCCUACUCUCAAUGGAGACCCUCCAAAACUCUGUGUCCAAACACCAUCAGCUGAUUCUACACUGACCGGACUGAAAGGGCCAGAGAUUAAAGCAGAUUUAGGUGGCACUCCACAGAUCAAGUCUCCAAAUGCUUCCCUUAACAUUGAGAAGCCAAACCUUAAAACAGACACGUACAAUGCCCCCAAAUUUACAAUGCCACAGUUUUUUCUGCCUCAAAGUGAAAAACCAAAACCAGAAAAGGAGCUAUCUGGAGUUGUAGACCUCCCUUCUGUCAGUGAAAACCUGGAGGCACCAAAUCUCAAUAGAUCAGCUCCUAAGUUAAAUUACAAAAGUCAGGAUUUAGAUUUGAAUGGACCUGAUGUAAAAUUAGAAACACCAAGUGCUGAUUUUAAGGCACCUUCUGGCAAAUUCAACGUUAAAGGACCAGAUGCUGACUUAAACGCGGAUCUUUCAGCCCCUGAUGUCGAAGUCCCCACAUCAAAGAUCAAAGGUAAUUUGAACGCACCAAAUGCUGACAUCAAUUUGCCAAAAGCCAACCUUAAAGGCCCAGAUGUAGAUGCUGAGACCCCUGAUCUUGACGUUGAUGCCCCGUCUGGUAAAAUCCACUGGCCCAAGUGGAAACUCAAAGGCCCCAAGGUUAAAGGACCAGAUGCUGACUUAAACGCGGAUCUUUCAGCCCCUGAUGUCAAAGUUUCCACACCAAAGAUCGAAGGUGAUUUGAACGCACCAAAUGUUGACGUCAACUUGCCAAAAGCCAACCUCAAAGGCCCAGAUGUAGAUGCUGAGACCCCUGAUCUUGACGUUGAUGCCCCGUCUGGUAAAAUCCACUGGCCCAAGUGGAAACUCAAAGGCCCCAAGGUUAAAGGACCAGAUGCUGAUGUAAAUGCGGAUCUUUCAGCCCCUGAUGUCAAAGUUUCCACACCAAAGAUCGAAGGUGAUUUGAACGCACCAAAUGUUGACGUCAACUUGCCAAAAGCCAACCUUAAAAGCCCAGAUGUAGAUGCUGAGACCCCUGAUCUUGACGUUGAUGCCCCGUCUGGUAAAAUCCACUGGCCCAAGUGGAAACUCAAAGGCCCCAAGGUUAAAGGACCAGAUGCUGAUGUAAAUGCGGAUCUUUCAGCCCCUGAUGUCAAAGUUUCCACACCAAAGAUCGAAGGUGAUUUGAACGCACCAAAUGUUGACGUCAACUUGCCAAAAGCCAACCUUAAAGGCCCAGAUGUAGAUGCUGAGACCCCUGAUCUUGACGUUGAUGCCCCGUCUGGUAAAAUCCACUGGCCCAAGUGGAAACUCAAAGGCCCCAAGGUUAAAGGACCAGAUGCUGACGUAAAUGCGGAUCUUUCAGCCCCUGAUGUCAAAGUUUCCACACCAAAGAUCGAAGGUGAUUUGAACGCACCAAAUGUUGACGUCAACUUGCCAAAAGCCAACCUCAAAGGCCCAGAUGUAGAUGCUGAGACCCCUGAUCUUGAUGUUGAUGCCCCGUCUGGUAAAAUCCAAUGGCCUCAUAAAAAAUGGAAGAAACCAAAAUUUCAUGGUUCUAAAGAUGAUCUGGCUGUAGAUGCAAACAUUGAUACACCAAGAGUUGAACUUUCUGCUCCAAGAGCAGAAGGUGAGCUGAAUGCACCAGAGAUUGACAUUAAUACGCCAAAGACAGACAUUAAAGCCCCUGAGCUGAAUGCUGAUGUUGAAUCUCAAUCUGGUAAAAUAAAUUGGCCUCACUGGAAAUUGAAAAAGCCCAAAGUUAAGGGUCCCAAAACAGACUUGGAUAUAGGAGACCUAAAUACAGCUGAUGUGAAUCUCACAGCUCCAACCGUCAAGGGUGACAUUAAUGUUCCUAAAGCUGAGUUGGAUCUCCCAAAGGCUGACCUCACAGGCCCUGAUGUAGAUUUUCACGGUCCAGAUCUUGAUGUAGAUUCUACCUCAGGAAAAAUCAAUUGGCCUCAUCAAAAAUUGAAAAAACCCAAAAUUCAAGGACCAAAAGCUGAUGUGGAUGGUAGUUUCAAUGCACCAGAUGUUGAUCUUUCAAGCCCAAAAGUAGAUGGUGAGAUCAGAUCACCAGAUAUAGAUGUGAAUUUACCUAAAGUUGACUCUAAAGUUAAAACACCAAAUGUAGACCUAGAGUCCCCAUCUGGAAAAAUUAAAUGGCCCACAUUUAAAAAGCCAAAGUCGGCAGUUGCUCGGCCAAAGGUAAACAGCCCAGAUGUUGAUUUAAAUGCUGAUGUUUCAGCUCCUGACAUCAAUCUCUCAGCUCCAAAGAUGGAUGGGGACAUUAAUGCCCCUGAUGUAAACGUAAAUAUGCCAAAAGCAGAACUGGAUAGCCCCAAGUUAAAUGUUGAUGCUCCAGAUGCAAAUGUCAGCGUUCAUCCUGGAAAACACAAAUGGUUCACCUUCAAGAAAUCAAAAACUGGUACAGUGAAGGCACCUAAAGCUAGCCUCAAAGGGCCAGAAGGCGAUCUCUCUCCACCAAAAAUUGAUGGCCUAGAUGCUGACCUAAACGCUGAUGUUUCAGCCCCUCACUUAAAUCUCUCUGCUCCAAAGAUUGAUGGUAAGAUGAACACACCAGAUGCCAGUUUAAAUUUACCAAAAGCAGAACUGGAUGGCACCAAGAUUGAUAUUAAUGCUCCAGAUAUGAAUGUUGGCAGUCCUUCUGGAAAAACCAAAUGGUUCAAUUUCAAGAAGCCCAAAUUUGGAACACUAAAAGGACCAAAAGCUGACAUUGACACUGACCCGGUGGUACCAGAUGUUGAUCUUCAAGGGGCUGAAGUAAAUCUGAGCGCACCAAAGGCCAAUUUUUCUGCACCAAAAGUUGAUGGUCUGGAUGCUGAUUUAAACGCCGAUGUUUCAGCUCCUCACUUAAAUCUCUCUGCUCCAAAGAUUGAUGGUAAGAUGAACACGCCAGAUGCCAGUUUAAAUUUACCAAAAGCAGAACUGGAUGGCACCAAGAUUGAUAUUGAUGCUCCAGAUUUGAAUGUUGGCAGUCCUUCUGGAAAAACCAAAUGGUUCAACUUAAAGAAGCCCAAACUUGGCACACCAAAGGGACCAAAAGCUGACAUUGACACUGAUGUCAAUGUACCAAAUGCUGACCUUAAAGUGCCUGAGACGGAUUUGAUUGCAGCAGAUCUUUCAACACCAGUUGUAGACUUGCCUAAAUUAGAUGUUGAUGCCAAUCUAAAAGCACCAGAUCUUGAUCUUUCAGGCCCCAAAACUAAAAUAGCCCUACCACACUUAAAAAGUCCAGGCACAGACAUUACUUUGCCCAAGGGUAAUGUAAAGGGGCCUGGUCUGGAUCUACCAAAUGCAGAUCUCAACUUGUCAGCACUAAAGAUGGAUGCCACAAUGAAAUCUCCAAAUGCAGAUAUUAACCUGCCCCAAGCUGACCUCAGAGGACCUGAUGGACAGGUAAAAACACCAAAUCUAAAGUUGGAUACAAACCUUGGUGACUUCAAAAUGCCUCAUUUUAAGGUACCAAGCCUUGAUCUUUCAGGCCCUAAUGCAGAAUCUCCCAGUAUUCGUGCCUCAGGUGAGGCUGGAAUUGACUCUGUAGCCAACAUUUCUGUUCCUGCAGUACAUUUAAAUGCACCAAAGUUGAAGGAAGAUGCCCAAGGACCCAACAUUGAUAUUAAAUCUUCAGAAAUUGAAGCUGAUACAGAGAAGUCCAAUUUCCCCCAGAUAAAAAACAUUUUUGGAGCUAAAAAGGAAGCUAAAGUGGAUAAUACUGACGCAAAUCUUGAGGAAGGAGAUGAUCAUGCAGAUGCUUCAAUAUCAACUCCAGAAAUCCCACGAUUCAAGUUACACAGACUGCCCUCACACAGCAUUGAUGGAACUGGAGAACUACCUGAUGUCUUAGGCCUAUCCAAACCUGACUCAAAGGAAAAAGAUUUUGUUAUCAGCAAAGGCGUCCGACUGCCAGUGCUUAAUACAACAUCAAAAGCGGGGAACAAGAUUGACAUUAUGGCAAUAUUGAAAACGUCAAAGGAAAAAGUAAUGUAUGCAUCUCAAACUGAGGGCAACAAUGACCCAGAUCUUAAGCUUGCAAACCCAAGUCUGAGCGCCAGCGCCUCUGCAGGAAAUGCACCUAAAAUAGGAGGACCCUUCAAAACUGAAAAUCUAAAGUCUGUGCUGGGCCUGGAUGCUCCAGAAGCUUCAGCAGCAUCAGAUGAGAAUAAGAAAUUAUCCCUGAGCCUCUCCAACAUGCUUGGUCUUAAGAUUGAUGAUGAUGAUUCAGAUGUCUGAAUCUAAUGAGAUAAACCUGAAAAUUUUAGCUUCUGCUCAGAAAAGUUGUAUAAACCUGUACUGUGGUCAGUUUCACACCUUAGUUUGUAUUCAAAAGGUCAGAAAUGUGGAAAAAGCAAACCCCCCACUGUUAUGAAUUCAUCCUUUUUAAGCAAGUUUUUAUAUGUAAGCUAUGUUUAUAUUAUUUAUAUCAGCUCCAAUUUUCUAAACAUUUUCAUUUUUUCUAAGUACAUAUAUCGAAGAUCAAAGUGGGCUGUUGAAGUUUCUGAUUUAAUUUUAACAUUUUGUAAGCUUAGAAGAUGUGUGUGUGUGUGUGUGUGUGAGUGAAUGUGUUUGUAAAUCUUUGCUCAAUAAAUUCCUCAAAUUA